CCACGACCUCGCUGUGUGGACCCAGGACCCCAACAUGAAGACCCUCCUGCUGUUGGCAGUGAUCAUGGCCUUUGGCCUGCUGCAGGUCCGUGGAGACUUGCUGAGUUUUCGGAAAAUGAUCAAGUAUACGACAGGAAAGGAGCCUGUGUCCACUUAUGGCUUCUAUGGCUGCUACUGUGGCCUGGGUGGCAAAGGAUCCCCCAAGGAUGCAACAGAUCGGUGCUGCGUGGCGCAUGACUGUUGCUACAGACGUCUGAAGAGAAUCGGCUGUGGCACCAUAUUACUGAGUUACAAGUUUAGUUACCUCCGGGGCCAAGUCGUCUGUGACAAACAGGAAUACUGUAGGAGUGAACUGUGUCAGUGUGAUAAAAGAGCUGCUGAUUGCUUUGCAAGAAACCAGAAGACCUAUAAUAAAAAGCUUCAAAACUACAGUAACCUACUGUGCAGUGGGAGUGCCCCCAAGUGCUGAAGGUCCCCUGAUCCCAGAAGCCUUGCCACUCAGUGCUGAGUUUCCUUUUCCAGCACCUGCCCCUCUCCCCUAGCCAAUGGCGAAUGAAGUAAACCCUCUUUCACAUCCUAGAGACAAGCCAGGAGUCCUUCCCUUCCCAGAUAGAAGCCGUCUAUCCGGAAUGAGAAGCCCAAAGCCUGAGCAUGUAUGCCUGGCCCCUUCCCUCUGCUUCCUUGGGCAGUGGGGGAUUUCCCCAUUUCCAUGCUCUUUUAAGUCAGACUUCAUG